CAGAGAGGCAACGGCUGGUGUCUGUUGUGGAGCUGUUGUGUUUGGCACCCGAGAAAGUGAAAGGAGCGAGGAUGAGCUUUCUGUUUGCUGGCAAGGCCGACGAGCCUGAGCCAACGCCAGCCGAUAUGGUGGAGAAGCUGCUGACGCGGCUGAGCACGGCAGUGAACCUGGAUGACAGGCGUGGGGCCGUGCGCGGGCUCAGGCUGUACAGCCAGAAAUACAAGGUGGUUGUGGGCAGUCAGGCCAUCAUGGCGCUGGUGGACGUGCUGAAGGACGAUCGAGCGGACGUGGAAAUGUGCAACCUGGCGCUGGAGACGCUCAUCAACCUCACCGCCCCAGACAAGGAGUAUCCGGAAGGAGAGACCCCACCUGACACGGACACGGGCGUCAUGUUCACGGAGAUGUUUGUCAAGGAGCCGGACCACGUGUUGCUGCUGCUGUCACUGCUGGAGGAGAAGGACCUGCACGUGAGGCUGAACACGGUGAAGCUGCUCACAAAUCUCUUCAACAACCGGCCAAAGCUGCUGCAGGAGAGCAUCAUGCUUGAGCCCGUUGCGUGUGCGCGCCUGAUGGACCUGCUACAGGAGCGUAGAGACAUCAUCAGGAACGAGGGCCUGCUGCUGAUGAUUGGACUGACGAAAGGCAACACGCAGAUCCAGAAGUUGGUGGCGUUUCAAAACGCAUUUGAGGAGACAGUCAACAUCAUUCAGGAGGAGGGCAACAGCGAGGGCGGGAUCAUCGUCGACGACUGCCUGAAGCUGCUCCUCAACCUCGUCAUCGACAACACCUCAAACCAAAACUUCUUCCGGGAGUCCAGUCUGUUCCCGCGGCUGGUGCCGUUUUUCCAGCAGACGGACCCUGCGGCGGAGGAGUGGGGCCAGCAGCGCGUCAGGAACGUCGUCAAGAUGCUUGAGUUCAUUCGCGUCUUCGUUGCCCCAGCCGCGCCGUAUGCGUGCGAUGAGAAGAAGUCUGUGUUCAGUCAACUCAUCGCCCGCACCCUCAUCAAGGCCGUUCAGUCAAUCAAGGCGGUGGUUGAGGGUGGGCAGAGCGUGGACGAGGAUGUGCGCGCGGCAAGCGGCAACACGGCGAGUGUGGAGUAUCACGACACGGUCAUCCAGCAGUUCAAGGACCUGAUUCGCUCCCAGGACGAAGAGCUCAGGAAACUCAGGGCUGAGAAGGCGCAGCAGCAACAACAGCAGCAGCAGCAACAGGGUGGUGGUGAUAAUGAUGCGGUGAAGUCGUUGCAGGAGCACGUGGCAGCGCUGCAGUCCCAACUGACGGAGCGCGACACGACGAUUGCGUCGCUGCAGUCGUCUCUCCAGCAGGCACAACACACACAAGGCGAAGAACAACAAGACAACAAGAACACAGAAGGAGGAGGAGAACAAAACGCACUCGAGUGGAACAAGCUGCGGGAACAGAACACGGCCCUCGCACGACACGUGUCCGAGUUGCGGGAAAAGCUUCGCGCAGCGCAGCAGAACACGCACGCGCAAGGCGAGAACGGCGGUGUUGGCGCGGAAAGCGCGGGAAAGGGCGAAGGGCAGCAGCAGCAGCAGCUGAUUAUGGAGAAGGAUGCGCUGAUUGAAGAGCAGAGAGGGCAGAUCUCGCGCCUGCAGGAUCAGCUGACUGCUGCAAACGACCAACGGCAACAGGCAGAGGACCGCGCACACUCGCUCGAGAAAGAGGCGGAGGUGACGGCGAAGCGGUUGAAGGAGCUGGAUGACACGCACCAGGAGCUGCUCAUCGUCUUGGCAGAGGAGCACGAGAAGCUGCAGGAGUACCGGCAGCGGCUGUUGGAUAACCAGAUUGAGGUGACGGACGACGAAGACGAUCUCGACACGACGGGGAUGGGCGACGAUGAUGAGGAGGAUGAGGAUGAUGAGGAGGAUGAGGAGGGCAACUGA